CCAUAUUUCCUAACUGUUGAUUCGUUGAGGAGGCGCCUCUACUACACAGUCUCUUCGGAAAACAAAAUCUACUACAGAGAAUUGAACAACAUCUCAGUAGCUCAAAUAUUGCAGGGAGUUUACUUCCCAUCAGAUGCCACGGCAAUAAGAAUCGAAGUUGACGGUCCAGCCAGCGCUCUUGUCUAUUCAGCAAUCGGGUACAAUUUUCUAGUAGCAUAUCGGGCAGGUAGCCAGCCUCCGCAACGUAGAGGUUUGCUAUCCGAGGGUACAAGUACGUUUACGGUCGAACAGUGCGUAACUAGUGACGGUAAUCCCCCAGCCCGUGUGUAUUACAUCACCGACGCAAAAGAAUUGGGUUACGCGAAUACAUUCCAAAUUUGGCAUCGGAGCUUGAAAAUAUUUUCAGGCACAGAUUUGGUUCAACCAACCAUGGCUAAAUAUGGAAGUAAGCUCUAUUUCAUAGAUCUGGUUAACAAUACCACUAGACGGCUCUACGAAUACGACACAAAGAACUCCUCUGUCGAGAUAUAUGGUGCCAUCAACAUAACGCUAAAUACCGGUGCCACUAACUUGAUCACUCCAAGAUUUAUUCGCAUUGUCAACGUUAAUUAUACAGAACCCGUUUCCAUUGAGGGUUGUCCAAUGAGCAUCUCUGUACAAAUCAACAGUAGUUCCAUCAACUCCACACAACAGGUCUCCUGGACCGAGCCUACUUUGAACGCUUGGUCCAACUGUGCUACUCUGGAAUUCCUCGGACCAGGAACGAAUGGGGGCAAUUUCAGCAAGGGGGUCUACAACAUAUCAUACGAAGCCAGUGAUUUGAAUGGAAACACAGAUACUUGUACCUUCAUGGUAACAGUCGAGGAAAUGCCUAACGACGAACCUACUACGGAAACUUCGCCAAGCAGUACUCCAUCUGAACCUUCUGAUGCUUCUACUACGGACACUUCGCCCGGCAGUACUCUGUCUGCAUCUUCUGGUGUUUUUAACCCAGAUUCUUCAUCCACCAGUCCACAAUCUGGGUUUUCUGGAGGUGGGAAUGCACCGUGUUCCAACGAGAACCCCCCUUCUGGAGGUGGCGUGAAAGCUUCGUGUACUUUCAUUCACUGGAUCUGUUCCAUUGCUCUUCUCGUAACCGUCUUCAUAUAG